UUGAAAGAGCGCUUUUCCUUUUCGAGUUUCAAACUCUUCUUUUCUUUCACUUUCUCUCCUUCUCCCAGCACCGUUUGUUUGUUUCCCGAGAAAAUUUUUGAAAGAGAAGAACGAGUGAGAAGAGAUAAUAAGCGUUCAGCUCUGUUUAGAUUCUUCAGUUUCUGACUCCAUUUCGUCUCGUGCGUGUGCAUACUCGUGUUGGAACCAAAAAUCCAUUGCGAAUUUCGAAGUGGAUGAGUGUGAUUGGAAAAUCGAUGCCGCGAUCAAAUUCGGCCGUGCACCACCACCGUCAGAGCUCCGAUAACUUCAUCCUCGACUCAACCUCUCACGGAAGAUGGUUUCAUUCCUCUGCUUUCGCACAUGAGUUUGGAACUCGAUCUUCGAGCUUGAGGAGAAACGACGACGAUCGUGUGUUGAGCAGUGGCUUGCUUGACUUGCAUUCCUUCGAUACCGAGCUUUUACCCGAGAUGUAUGAUGUUCAAAAUGAAUAUUUAUCGAGUCGAGGACAAAGUUUUGAUGAGUCUGACUCGAUUCUCACCGGCAACAAAUUCGCACAAAGGUCUCGGGGCUUGCCUGAGAGUCAUCUUCUUAGAAGUGUCACAACUGAUAAAGAGAGAGCAAACAAUGUUGCCAAGAUCAAAGUCGUGGUUCGGAAGAGACCACUAAAUAAGAAGGAAAUAGCAAAGAAAGAGGAAGACAUUAUUACCAUAGAUUCAAAUUAUCUUACAGCGCACGAAAGAAAACUCAAGGUUGAUUUAACAGAAUAUGUUGAGAAACAUGAGUUUGUUUUUGAUGCUGUACUGAAUGAAGACGUUUCAAAUGAUGAAGUGUAUGCUGAGACUGUGGAGCCAAUUGUUCCACUGAUUUUCCAACGAACAAAAGCAACUUGCUUUGCAUAUGGUCAAACUGGGAGUGGGAAAACAUAUACUAUGCAACCAUUGCCUCUCAAAGCAUCCCACGAUAUCUUACGAUUAAUGCAGCACACAUACAGAAAUCAAGGUUUCCAAUUAUUUGUUAGUUUCUUUGAAAUAUACGGGGGGAAACUUUUUGAUCUCCUCAAUGAUCGAAAAAAACUUUGCAUGAGGGAGGAUGGGAAACAGCAGGUUUGCAUUGUUGGCUUGCAAGAAUAUAGAGUGUCUAAAGUUGAGACAAUCAAGGAUUUUAUUGAGAAAGGAAAUAGCACAAGAAGUACUGGGACAACUGGUGCAAAUGAGGAAUCCUCUCGAUCACAUGCUAUACUUCAGCUCUGUAUCAAAAGAUCAGCUGAUGGGACUGAAUCAAAGCCUGCUCGAAUAGUGGGCAAACUCUCUUUUAUAGAUCUUGCUGGAAGUGAACGUGGUGCAGAUACUACUGAUAAUGAUAAGCAGACUAGGAUUGAGGGAGCUGAAAUUAAUAAAAGCUUACUUGCUCUGAAAGAAUGCAUUAGAGCUCUAGACAAUGACCAAGGGCAUAUCCCUUUCAGAGGAAGUAAAUUGACUGAAGUUCUGCGAGACUCUUUUGUUGGUGAUUCACGCACUGUAAUGGUAUCAUGUAUUUCACCAAGCUCAGGUUCUUGUGAGCACACACUUAACACAUUAAGAUAUGCCGACAGAGUAAAGAGCCUGUCAAAAGGGAACAGCUCCAGAAGGGAUCCCCUUUCUUCUUCAAACCUUAGAGACUCAACUGUAUUGCCUGGAUCUUCAGUUUUAUCUCAUGAUGAUGCCUUUGAAGAUGAAAUAGCAUUUGUUUCCAGCGAGAGAAAUCGAUUUGGUUGGCCCAAACAGCUUGAAAGAGAGCCCUCCCCUCCAAAUAAUGUGGAUAGGGUUCCAAGUGGUAGGAUGGGGGGAAAUGUGGCACCAUCUGCGUAUUCUAAUCCUCCAAAGGUUCAAAGAGGUAGUCAAAAUGACAGAGCUGCAAAUGAAUUUGAUUAUCUAGGACCAACAUAUGAACAGCACAGAACAAGAAAAAUAAGUAAGAGAGUGGAUAACAACCAAUUAUAUGCCUUGGAGGACGAGAGGAAGGUAGAACCUCAUGUUAAACAUGUGGAUGUAUCGCUUUUUGAGGCUAAUCAUUCUGACCCUGAUGAUGAUUUAAAUGCCCUCUUGAAGGAAGAGGAAGAUCUUGUAACUGCUCACCGGAGACAAGUUGAGGAAACAAUAGAUAUUGUUAGGGAGGAGAUGAAUUUACUUGUUGAAGCUGACCAACCAGGAAAUCAGUUAGAUGAUUAUAUUGCCAAAUUGAAUACCAUUUUAUCACAAAAGGCUGCAGGGAUCUUUCAAUUGCAGACGCAGUUGGCUCAAUUUCAAAAACGUUUAAAUGAGUAUAAUGUCUUUGUAUCUUCUGGUAAUUGAAAGUGCUAAUGCGAAAAUGAAAUGAUUGCUGUGUUGUGAGUGAGGCAAUGUUCGUGCUCUACAGAUAUUGCUUCUAAGAAAGAUUUCAUUGCCGUGGAUUGUUUCUCAGUUGUAAAGAAUGUUGACAAGAUUAUGGUGGUUGUUGGAGUGCAGACAUAUUCAAACGAGUUACUAUUGUGACUUGAUAUACAGAUGUAUGUCACAUGUUUAUUUGGCAUACUGUGAGUUGCCUGUGUUGAGUACAAUAGUCAAAUUACCCUGUUGGGGGUUGCUUGUAUUUUGCAACCGGAAAUCUUUAUCUGUAAUUUUUCAUUUGUUGUACCGCAUCCUUUGAUUAUGGCAUGGUUGUCGUGUCCUAUUGUCUUGUAUCAUUGAUUAAGAGUGUUCCCAUUUCUUUUCCUCCCGUUUAUGAGAAGUAGUUGCGGGUGAUGAGAAGGAUUAAUCGCUGGAUAUGAAGAAUGGUCACUGGAAUCCCAUCAAAAUGCCCUAAUCAUUGUCUAUGUGCUUCAGUAGAUGUUCAGAAGUGCAUGAUAGAAAUCCCCUAUAGUCACAAUCUGCGAGUUGUACCUUUCUUGGUGGCUUCAAAAAUAUUUCCUGGCACAUGCAGAUAACAUCAACUGGUUGGGCCCCCCUGUAAUACUGAUAAUUUCCUACGUACCUUGCAAAAUUCCAAUUGAAUUCCUUAUUGUCGUUCUAUACACUUGUCCUCUGCUUCAUCACCAUUUUCUUGCCUGUGCCUUUCAAAUCACGACAUAAACACAGGUCGUUUGACGUUGUCAAUGUGUCAAUAAUUAUAACACAUUUUAUCAUGAUAGCUGCACAGGUCCAAUGGGGGGUGCUCGCUGUCCAACAUGUUUUCGUCUGUUGUACCUAAAGCUUGGUGAUGUGUGUGAUGUGUCAUUCUUUUGGUACUAUUCUCAUACCUAAAUAUAAAGCGGCACCCGAAAUUCUGGUCGAGCUUUGAUCAUGAGAGUCUUGAGCCACGUGUUGUAUGCAAGGGACACGCUGAUCCAAAGUUUUUAUUUCCUGCCCAAUGAAAUUUAUUUUUAUGCUCAAAGUUAGCAACAUGCUAAUAUACUCUAUCUUGUAUUUUUUACAAGGCACAGUUUGUAAGAAUUGGAUGAUUUUUAUGAUAAGGUAUUUUAUGACUUUUAC